GUGCCUGCCCGGGGAGGUCGGCAACCCCGCCCAUGCCUGACUGGUGCUUGGUGAGACACCGGGACCCAGAGGCACCAGCUAGGCUGUGCCUGGAUUGCUGAUCCAGAGAGACCGUGAGGUAAUAAAUCUUAUUUUAAGCUGCAAAGUUCUGUAAUUUGUUACGCAGCAAUGGAUAACAUACAGCAUGGCCCAAUGAAUUCACUGUUUUGCUCUGCAAAGCUAGUUUGCAUUUGCCUUCUCGUCACAUACAACCGAGAGGCUUUUCACUAGUAGGAAGGAAGGGCGUCAAAGCUGCCUUGAGGAUGGAAGCUUCCAGGGGCAGCUGUGCAGUCGGCAGGCUGGGCUGUGCGGUCGGCAGGCCAGGGUGUGCGGUCGCCAGGCCGGGGUAUGCAGUCACCAGGCUGGGGUGUGCAGUUGGCAGGCCGGGGUCUGCGGUCGGCAGGCCGGGGGAUGGCAUCAUUCCCUUUAUCCGGGUGUGGGAAACGGACUUUUCUUUUUCUUUUUUUUUUUUUUUAAGUAGGCUCCACACCCAAUGUAGAGCUCAGUGUGGGGCUCAAACUCACAACCCCGAGAUCAAGACCUGAGCUGAGAUCAAGUGUCACACGCGAACUGACUGAGCCACCCAGGUGCCCCGGGAAACUGACUUUUUAAAUGGUGGAUGUACAGUGUCUGGUUAAACGGUAACUAGUUGGUGUCUUGAGAUUCAGAUUGUAUGUUUGCUGAGGUUGUAGCAGGAGAGGACUUGGAAGGAAAACUGCAGGAAAGCGGAGUGGGGGGUUUCAGCUGACAUUCAGUGAGUGCGUAUCAGGGCUGGACCCCCCGACAGCGAACAUGCACGGACUCAUUUAGUCCACAUGACAGCUUGAGGAGAUCGGUAUUUUUAUCACCCCUGUUUUAUAGAUGAGGAAGCCACGGUACAGAGAGGAUAAGUGGCUUAUUCUGACUUUUUUAAAAGUAAGAAUUUGAGCCCAGGAAGUCUGGGAGGAAGGAAGGAGGGAAAGAGGGGACCAUGAGGAUGGCAGGCAUCUGCCAUCAGAGGGCACAUGCAAGCUUGAGAGCGAAGGCCUCCUUAAAUUUGGUGUAUCAGCUGCCUCUCUUGUAUCCCGCUAGUCCUGGCCCUGGGGCUGGAGUGUGGCUGUCUAGAGAGAAUUGCAGGACACAUGGCCAGGAGCGGUCUCUGGAGCCCAGAUAAAGGCUCUUAUAACCCAAAACCACGAACUCAAAGUUUGUGUCCCGUCCCCCUUCACCCAAAUUCAUAUGUUGAAGUCUUAUUUCCAAAGGGGUGGUAUUAGGAAGCGGGGCUUUUGAGAGGUGAUUAGGUCGUGAGCGUAGAGCCCUUAUGUACAGAAUUAGUGUCUGCAUGCAAGCGACCCCAGAGCGCUCCCUCGCCCCUCCUGCCACGUGAGGGGAGAGUGAGAAGACACCGUCUCUGACGCCGGAGGUGGGGCCUCUCCAGAAGCUGAAUUACUGGUGCCUCCAUCCCUCGACCUCCCCGCCUCCGUCAGAACUGUCAGAAGUCAAGCUCUGCUGUUUGUAAGCCCCGUCUCUGGCACUGCUAUUAGGGUAGCACAAACUCACCAAGAGACUAGAGGCAAAGAGCAUCUGAGACGAAGAAACUGAAGGUAUACGUCCCUCGAAUAACCAUGGUAGUGGUGAACCCGGACGGGCAGUCUGUGAUAUGUAGAAUUGAAGUAUAAGCAUUUAAGGUGCUGGUGAGUUUCGGUCAGAACGCGAACAAGGUGCAGUCACCAACUUGUUCCAGUGACAUCAAGAAUCUUGAAUAACAUUUAAGCCCACAAAAUCCUGGAAGAUGGCACUCCCUGCUUCACAGGGACAGGGGUUUCCGGACAGGACCCAGACCUUGUGACGGUAACUGGGACCCUAGGGGGGUCUGUCACUCUGCCUCUGCAGCUACAGGCUGGACAGCCGGUGGAGAGCAUCUCUUGGAUGUCCCGUUCCUCCUCCAUGGCCAUAGCCACCGUAACCUUGGCAGAAGCAGGAGGGCCAGACACCUUCCACCAGGCAGACACCCGGUACUGGGGUCGUGUGAGUGUGGUGGGGCCAGGCUACUCGCUUCAGAUCAGCAACCUGAGCUGGAACGACGUGGGGCCCUACCGAGCCCACGUGAACCUGAGGGGCUCCCGCAUCACCCGCACCCGGGAGUACCGACUGCAAGUGCACGAGCAGCUGGCCCAGCCCCAUGUCACCCUGAGCUCCAGGGUCGGCGAGAAUGGACACUGUAUCUUCAUCCUGACGUGUGUGGCCGACAGCAGAAGAGGCUCUGUGACCUACAGCUGGCUACCUCUGGGACCCCGGACGGUUGUGUCCCAUGGAGGGUCUGUCCUCAGUGUUUCCUCAGGGCCCGGGGACAGGUCUCUGACCUUCACCUGUAUGGUCAAGAACCCAGUCAGUAACAGCAGCUCCCUCCCCGUCUCAGUGCCGUCCUCAUGUCCAGGGCCAGAAAUCCGGGCAGGGGAGACCGUGGGAGAGACAGUGACCGGUCUCCUCGGGGACUUGGCCAUUUUGCCCCUGGAGCUCCUGGCUGGGCAGGAAGUGGAGAGGGUCACCUGGAGCUCUGGAGGGCUUGCUGCCGUUAUGCAACGAGGACCAGGAGGCCAACCCGUUCUGGCUGCCGGGACUCAGGGACUGAGCAGCAGACGGUGGCAUGCCCUCCGCGACAGCUACUCUCUUCAGAUCAGGCCCCUGAUGCUGCAGGACUCCGGCCUCUACAGAGCCUUGAUCACCCUGCAGAGUCCCCCGAUCAACAUCACCAAGGAUUUCACCCUGCGUGUCUAUGAGAAGCUACAGGAGCCCAAUAUCACUGUCAGCUCCCAGAUCAUGAAGGAUGGGGCCUGCUACAUCACUCUGAUCUGCUCCCUGCAACACUCUGGAGAGGACGUUCAGUACAGAUGGGCACCCCUCGGCCAGGGGGCAGUUAUGUCCCACGGAGGAACCACUCUCCACGUCUCCUGGAGACCGGGGGCCAGUGACAACUAUCACUGCACUGCCAGCAACCCGGUCAGCCAGAGAUCCAGCUUCAUCCCCGCAGGGCCACUCUGCUCAGCCUCCUUCCUACUCUGCUCCUGGAAGAAGGAAUUUCUUCUCAUUUUGAUCCUGGGAGCUUUGCAGAUUGAGUAGAUUGAUUCUGACAAGUGGAGAAGCCAAGAAGACUGUGAGAAGGUGGCACCCUGUGAGACACAGAGAUAAAGAAUUCUGUCCCUGAAGCGCCACCUGCCACCAUCUCCUGGCGAGAGAGAAAUCAGUCCCUGUUAAUACAUAAAACCUAUUUCAUUUACAUACAGUUCAAAAUUGCCAAGAAACUGCUACGUAUCUUCUGUUUAAAAUAACCCGUUUAUGUUUUAUUUAAUCACCUUUUAGAGUGUUCAGACAGAAAAGAGGACUUAUUCAUUUAAGAAAAGUUGCAUGUUUGUGGGGCGCCUGGGUGGCUCAGUUGGUUAAGCCUCUGCCUUCAGCUCAGGUCAU